AUGGCAGCGCAGCGAACGCGCCUCACAGACGCCUUCCUUGCCAGGGGCUUCAACGGCGUCGGCGUGGACUGUUGGCGCAACAAGCAUACGCCUGAAGGUCCAGUGGUGGAUCUCGACUUGUCGGCGCCAGAAGGCCAGCAGCAAACUCGCGAAUUGCUGGCGUCCACGGGCCCGUUGGCCCUGCUGUGGAUGUCCGCGCCCACAGGGACGUCAGCCAGGUCCCGGUGCGCGGCGAUUGGGCAGCUCCGCGCGGAGGCCGACCCUUUUGGCGUGGUUGGCAUCGGCCAUGAUGACCAGACCAGAGCCGCCAGGGAGAACGAGCUUUUUCGGUUCUUCGCCAGCGUUGCACAGUGGUGCCAGGAACGCCAGGUGUGGUGGGCGUGGGACGGCCCCCACAGAGCUCCGUUCUGGUGGAUAGAGUUCGUCGUUGACCUCUGCGGUGCGGCCGGGGACCAGGAUGUCACUUUCCAGGCCCGCAUGCACAGAGGCGGCUGGGACAAGACACAGCGUAUCAGAACUAACUGCGCGGCGCUGGCGGCGCCCAGCGUUGAGCGCGACAAGUCCCAUGUUCACCUUCCCUGGGCGGUCGGCGCUCGCCAGUUUGCUGUUGAAGAGUCCAUGUGCCCGUUUCGGCUGUGCAGCAAGGUGGCCGACGCAGUGGCUGCAGCGUGGGCCGCGCGGCCUGCGGCCGCCUUGGCGCCGCCGGUGCCUGGCGGAGCUCGCCUGGCUGCCGCGGCGGUGGCAGCGGCUCGGUUCCCUUUGGCGCAGCGGGCGGCCGCGGUCGGCAAGCAGCGCCGGGGCGUGACGCUGCUAGCCCCAGAGUUCACGUCGGAAUACGUUGUGUCCUUCACGAGCGAGGAGCUCGUCAGGUUCCCGGAAGGCCAUAACUUCGAGACCAAUGCCGUGGUCGGCGGAGUGCAGGGGCGCGCGGCCUGUGCCACGGCUACCGUGGGCAUCCCUUGGUGCCCUGGUGAGUUCGUGGAGGAGGCAGUUCGGUUGCGCCGCCCCUUCGACGCCCUGGCGGACGUCCCCGACUACGCGAGCGAGGCGAGGGCCGCCGAGCUGGACGGCCGCGAGGCGGAGCUCAAGGCGCAGGCGCACCCUCGCGUGCGGGCGCGUCUGGGCGAGAAGCGGACAAUCUUGUUCGAAGUGAUGUUGCGGGAGGCGCAAUUUCCCAACCCCGAGCUGCUCGUGGGCACGCCGCGAGUCGGUGCUCCGAUGGUCGGGGAGGUGCCCGCUCACCCAGCUUUCGACCUCGAUGAGCACCCCGCGUCCAAACCUUUGUUUGACCUUCCCCGAUCCGGAGCCUGGGCGAGGCGCGCCCUCGACGGGUCCAUAACCCCGUCCGCGGACCCAGAGUGCGAUUUAGCCGUCUGGAAGAAGACCAUAGACGAAGUGCGGGCGGGGAGGGCCGAAG